GUCGGGAUUGCCGGUCAGGCGGGCCAGGCGAAAUGACAACAACUAGCUUGAAGCUUGACGAAAACUACGACUGAACGAGGACGACGGUCUAUCGAAUCAUCCUCAUGAUGGAGAUCAAACAACAUCAUUCGUAUCCCUUGCGGUUGUCGUGUUUCGUUCAUCCAUAAUCGAACCUUCUAUCCGUUGAAACUCUUCCAUCAGCCUUUCUCAUUGAUUUAGCUAGGGGACUGGCUCUAUAAUAGUUGGACGGCCCAUCAAACAUUCUGGGGUCCCCUUCCAUCGUUCCCAAUCGCAUUAACAUAAUAUACCACAGGCCACAGGACAACUUGCAUACCCCGAUACCAGGAUCAUAUAUCACCAUUUUCGGUUGCACACGACAUACCCCUCACCAUCCAUCAUAAUGAGUAGCAUCACCUCCGCACCCAACUCUCCCCAGAAGUCUCGCCUAGAACCUCCUCGAAAGGGAAGGUUCGGCGGCGGAUGGACUCGAAGCCUGACGAAUCUUCGCAAAGAGGCUCAAAGAUCGUCCAGCGUCGCAUCUCCUAUUUCGAGCGGAUCGAUCAGCUCGAGAGACACCGGAUCGGCUUCAGGUGUCCGGCCGAUACCCAAGUCCAGUCUGAGCACGACCGCUAUUCCCACUCCUCCUGCUGUACCGAGAACGAUACAGUCGACAGCAGCAUUUUCACCAACGUCAAACAACAGUGCACCUGCAAAAGGUCUCCGGGCGUUCUUUCUACAGUUUAAGAGGAGCAACUCUACCCCGGCUUCGGUCCGGAGCGAGAAGAGUACGGUUCCAGCCUCUGCACCUGCAUCUCGACCAGAUGUAGCGGUGAUUGCAGGAUUGUCGAGUGGGAGGUCUAGCUCAGCAGGAUCUAAAGAGAGGGUUGCGCACGACGAGGUCUCUACUCAAGACGAGCCCGUUGUCAUGCCUCCAUCAAAGGUGGAACCGGACAAUUCUGCCCCGCUUGAGCCGGCGAAUGUGGAUGUAUCGUCUACCCCACAGGGCGACCACGAAGGAGAGAAAAAAGGGCAGGAAGCGGAAGAGGUCGACCCAGUCAACAUUCCGCUCCCUGCUUCUCCUGAGGUUGGAGAAAUCUCGUCUUUCGAACCUGCUUUGCCGCUGGAACCCGCCGCGUCCUUGCCUCCUCCAUUGCCAUUAUUCGAUGUCAGCUCGACCUCUGUGGAACCGCUCGACCGGACGACUUCUAAAGAGUCGGAGGGGGUUCCUUCGCUUGUCCUCACCGACAAAGCGGGGGAGGGUCGCGACGAGGAGGAAGGGAGCGAGGCGGCGGUGGAGGGGGAACAACUCGUCACGCCCAUCAACAACUCGGAGACAACAGACGUUGUGAGAGUGUUGUCUACCGACAGGAUCGAGGAGGAGGACGAAGAAGAGGUUGAGAGGGAGGAGAAGAAAGAGGAUGCCAGCACGGCGAACGCCAAGCCGCUCGAAUUGAUUCAGGACGUGCAAGACCCUACGAAUUCGGCACCAACCCAGGAGCGUUCAGUCGUAGACACCACCUCUCCUACAGAUGCAGGUAGCCCGAACUCGACUUCCAGUUCAAGGGGGAACACGAGCGUAUCUCCUUCGAGGGUGGGGAGAGAGCGAUCACCGGUCCAUGGCGGUGCCGGUCAACACGGGCAACCGCAACAACAGCAUCAGCAGUUCCGACAACAAUAUCAACGUCAGCCAUAUCACCACCAACAACAGCAGCAGCAGCGUCCACAACAAUAUCAGCAGCAACAACAGCAUCAACAGUAUCCCACGUCGACCAGCUCUGGAUCGCAAAUUUUGGGCAGGAACGGGAGUAGACAGAUCAGGCAGAGCGUGUACGGUUUGAACAAGCUAUCUAUCCCUCAAUCCGCCUCGUUCUCGAGGACAUCCCGAUCACCCACUCAGAAACGGAUGAGCGUCUCGCCGACGAUGCAUACGCUUGGAGGGGUGGUGGUUGCGGCCGAGCAGAUUUCGGAUUCGGACGAGAAGAGGUUGACCGAGGCCAUGUUCUGCUCGUAAUCUGGUUUCGGGACUUUCUUUUCGGAAUGGCAUGUCACUUUGCAUAGGAUAUUUCAAAGUUGUAUGCGCGAUAUGCGUGAUGUAUGUAGGACUCUACUUUGCAUUUGUAUACCACAUCGAUCAUAAUUCAAAGUGAA